CGUUCAAGUUUUUACUUUAUAAUAUAAAGAAAUAUUAUUAAAUUACUAGGAAAUAGGUUUGUGUGGUUGAGAGUUGCUACAGAGGGUUGAUGUGGUUACAGUAAACACUUUAUUGUUCUACUAUAAAGUAACUUUCUAUUUCUAUAAAAAUGUCUCACCCGUUGUCCCAGUGGAAAUUGCAAGCAUUGGCUGCACAAAAACGUGAUAAUGAACUUCGGCGUUCUGAAGAACUGAAAAAAGUUGCAAGCUACUUUGAAUUAAAUACAAAUAAAUCAAAGCACCAUGAAUGUUGGACAACAGAAGAAUAUUAUGAAAAGGCGAGGAAAGAAGCUCAAUUGUUGAGUGAAAGGAAGAUUAAGCAAGUACAAUUAGAAGAAAGACGAAAGAAACUGGAAUUGAUGUUGUUUCAAGAAAAUAUGCAGUAUCAGCAAGAGUUGAAGACAUUGUCUGCCAAACCUAAACUAUACCAGAAUGGGUCUUAUCUGAAUAAAGUACCAACAUCAGUACUCCAGGACAUCAAUCAUGGUAUUAUUGAGAAGGAAGAACAGUUGAGGAGACAGGAAGCUGAAUUGAAACUAUAUCAUGCUUGGAGACUGCGGCAGCCAGAGUUGAGGGCUGCCUCAUCACAUAUAGCCAAUGGGAAACUUAAAUCUGCUUGGAUGGAGCAAAUCGUGGAAAAAGAAAUGCAAAAGAAAAAAGAAGAAGAGGAAACCCGGAAGAUAUUGCAGGAAAGAGACGAAACACUCAGGAAAGAAAUAGAGUUAGAAGAAGAAAGACUUCACAAAAAAGAUUUGCAGAUGAAGGAGCUCAGAUCUGACUUACAAGGACAAAUAGCAGAGCUGAGUGAAAAGGAGACAGCCGUGAAAAAAUUGAGAAAUUUUGAAGACAAAGAGAGAAUGAUAUUGGAGGAGCUAAUUUUCCUUUCCAAAGAAAGAGAAAGGGAACAUAAUAAGCUAGUGGCAGAAAGAGACAGCUGUAUUGUAAACAUGGGCUUGCAUAAAUAUAAGUUAAAGAAGAAGGUUAUAUCCAUUUUGAAUGAAAUAGAUUUAGAUCUAAAGAUGUUGGAAAAAAUAAAAAGAGCUGUUAUGAAGGAUUACGAGUCUGACAAAGAAAAACAUGGGAAUUACAAGCGAAUACUGGAUGCUGCACUCGUUGAGUUAGAGCAGUAUAGAGAGAGGGAGCAAGGAAGACAGAAGAACAUUGAGCAUAUGUAUGACGGGGAGGCGAGACAGCUCAAUGAGAAACAAGAUCAGCUGUGGGCCAAAGAACGAGAAGCGCGAAGUAUAUUAAUGAAUGAAGUAAUUUUGACAUUGCGAAAACAAGUCGAAGAGAAACUCGAGCAAAAUAUUCAGCAACAAAGAGAAAAUGUUUUAGAACGAGAGAAGAUUGUAGAACAAAUGGAGAGUUUUCACAAGGAAGUGAAAGCCAAGGAACAAGAGACAAAGCUUAAAAACACGUCAUACUCUACGAUAACUUCGCUACAGUCGCAGCUAAACAGUCUGAAACUUCAGAAGGAACAGCUCGACGCAGCGGCGACCAGAGAGGCGGAGUUACGUGCGGCCGUGGCGCACGAACGUAAUAUACGAACGGAGAUCGCCCGCAUGCAGAGACAAGGGAACAUGCAAGCCUGGAUGUAGUAUUAGAUGUUUAUCUACACCCAUGCUUUUAAUCCUUUAUUAAAGAUUCUGAAACAGUUAGCUUAUUGCCAACAUUAAAACACCCAAUGUUCUAAUAACCAUUACAUCAUCCAAACGAGUGUUGUAAUGUUGUACUGAAUUUCAUAACAACACUCCUAUGUUUUUUUUAUCCCUUCAUGCGCAAAGAGUUUCAACAUACAGCCACAUUCUUAUUGCUCGAUGCGUGGUAUCUGUAUGAAUUUCAAAAAAAGAACAUUUUCGUUUACGCGCGCUCCACACUACCAGAACGUCGCGCGCCGUAAAAAAAAGUAGAUUAUUCGAAUCCCCGCCAUUUUUCUUCGAUAUAUAUAAAAUGAGCGAUUCAUUUUAAACGCUGCAAAAGAACAUUAUAUUCGAGUGAAUUUUAAUUAUUGCACUAUACAAAAUGUAA